UUGAAGCGGCAGCUGGGGCGGCAGGUGAGGCGCUGUUCCAUUCCCUGCCUGUGUGUCCGGCGGCGUCAGGUGCUCAGACCCGAGGGCAGGCGAAGGGGUUGGGCUUUACAGGAACCCGGGGCGGGAGUCGGCCUCCUGGAGGCUCUCGGGACCACUGCUUAACGCUGGGCCCACCCUAGACCUCGAUUCUCCUCUCAGCCAGGCCGAGGCCCGCAGGGAUCCCCGAGGAGCCCCAGUUCGGCCUCGAUGGAGAUCCUCCCGCCGCCGCUGCCGCAGUCCUCCCUGUUGCUGCUGCCGUUACUGCUGCAGUCUGCGAUGCCCGCAGCUGGCCGGGACUGGCAGUGCCCGCGCACUCCCUACGCGGCCUCCCGUAACUUUGACGUGAGGUAUGUGGUGCCCAGCUAUUCUGCUGGCGGCCCAGUACAGGCCAUAGCGACCUACGAGGGCGGCAGGGAUGGGAGUGCCGUGUUUGUGGCCACACGCAAUCACCUGCACGUGCUUGGACCUGACCUGCAGACUGUUGAGAGCCUGACCACUGGCCCUGCUGGGGACUCUGACUGCCAGACAUGCGCAGCCUGUGGCCCGGGCCCCCACGGCCCACCAGGCGACACAGAUACUCUGGUGCUGGUGCUGGAGCCGGCGCUGCCCGCGCUGGUGAGCUGUGGCACGAGCCUGCUGGGCCGCUGCUUCCUGCAUGAGCUGGAGCACCGUGGGACAGCCCUGCAUCUGGCGGCGCCAGCGUGUCUCUUCUCGGCCCACCAAAAUCAGCCGGAGGACUGCCCUGACUGUGUGGCCAGCCCACUGGGCACUCGCGUGACCGUGGUUGAGCAGGGCCAGGCCUCCUACUUCUACGUGGCGUCCUCCCUGGACGCAGCCGUGGCCGCCAGCUUCAGCCCACGUUCGGUAUCCAUCCGGCGCCUCAAGGCCGACAUCUCAGGAUUUGCCCCAGGCUUUGCAGCGCUGUCAGUGAUGCCUGAGCAUCUCGCCUCCUACCGUAUCGAAUACGUGCACAGCUUCCGCGCGGGAGCCUUUGUCUACUUCCUGACCGUGCAGCCGGCCAGCGUGACAGAUGCUCCUGGUGCCCUGCACACGCGCCUGGCGCGGCUCAGCGCCACUGAGACGGCACUGGACGAUUACCGGGAGCUGGUCCUCGAUUGCCGUUUUGCGCCUAAGCGCCGUCGCCGCGGGGCCCCAAAGGGUGGGCAGCCCUACCCAGUGCUGCGGGCAGCCCACUCAGCUCCAGUGGGCGCCCAACUGGCGGCUGAACUGAGCAUUGCCGAAGGCCAGGAAGUGCUGUUCGGGGUCUUCGCGGCUGGAGGGGAGGGCGGUUCCGGCGUGGGCCCCAACUCUGUCGUCUGUGCCUUCCCUAUUGACCUGCUGGACAUCUUAAUCGAUGAGGGUGUGGAGAGCUGUUGUGAGUCCCCAGUCCCUCCGGGCCUCCGGCGAGGCCUCGACUUCUUCCAGUCGCCUAGUUUUUGCCCCAAUCCGCCCAUCCUGGAGGCCCCCAGCCCCAACACCAGCUGUCGCCACUUUCCUCUGCUGGUCAGCAGAAGCUUCUCACGUGUGGACUUAUUCAAUGGGCUGCUGGGACAGGUGCAGGUCACUGCACUGCAUGUGACACGUCUUGAUAAUGUCACAGUGGCUCACAUGGGCACAGCUGAUGGGCGUAUCCUGCAGGUGGAACUGGCCAGGUCACUCAACUACUUGCUGUAUGUGUCCAACUUCUCGCUGGGCAGCAAUGGGCAGCCUGUGCAGCGGGACAUCAGUCGCCUUGGGGACCACCUACUUUUUGCCUCUGGGGACCAGGUCUUCCAGGUACCUAUCCGGGGCCCCGGCUGCCACCACUUCCUCACCUGCAGGCAUUGCCUGCGGGCACAGCGUUUCAUGGGCUGUGGCUGGUGUGGAGGCAUGUGCGGCCGGCAGGAGGAAUGUCCUGGCUCCUGGCAACAGGAUCACUGCCCACCUGAGCUUACCAAGUUCUACCCCCACAGUGGACCCCUAAGGGGCAGUAUGAGACUGACUCUGUGUGGCUCCAACUUCUACCUGCAUCCUCCUGGUCUGAUGCCUGAGGGAACCCAUCAGGUUACUGUGGGCCAAAGUCCCUGCCGGCUGCUGCCCAAGGAUUCUUCGAACCUCAGCCCAGUUCCCCAGAAGGACUUCGUAGAGGAGCUUGAGUGUGAGCUGGAACCCUUGGGCACCCAGGCAGUGGGGCCUACCAACGUGAGCCUCACAGUGACUAACAUGCCACCAGGCAGGCACUUCCGGGUAGAUGGCACCUCCGUGCUGGGAGGCUUCUCUUUCAUGGAGCCAGUGCUGACAGCAGUGCAACCCCUCUUUGGCCCACGGGCAGGGGGCACCCUUCUCACCCUUGAAGGCCACAGCCUUUCUGUAGGCACCAGCCGGGCUGUACUGGUCAAUGGGACUGAAUGCCUGCUGGAACGGGUCAGCGAGGGGCAGCUUUUAUGUGCCACACCCCCUGGGGCUGCCACGGCCAUUGUUCCCCUCCGCCUGCAGGUGGGGGGUGCUGAGGUGCCUGGGUCCUGGACUUUUCACUAUAGGGAAGACCCCAUCUUGCUGGGCAUUAAGCCCAACUGCGGCUACACUGGCUCCCAUGUCACCAUCCAUGGCCAGCAUCUGACUUCAGUGUGGCAUCUAGUGCUGUCAUUCCAUGAUGGGCUUAGGGAGGUGGAGAAAAGGUGUGAGGGGCAGCUUCCACAGCAGCGUCAGUGCCGCCUGCCUGACUAUGUGGUCCGAGACCCCCAGGGGUGGGUGACAGGCAGUCUAAGUGCCCAGGGGGAUGGAGCUGCUGGCUUCACACUGCCUGGUUUUCGCUUCCUACCACCACCCCGUCCACCAAGUACCAACCUAGCCCCACUAAAGCCUGAGGAGGCUGCCAUUAAGUUUGAGUAUAUUGGUCUGGGCGCUGUGGCUGACUGCGUGGAUGUGAAUGUGACUGUGGGUGGUGAGAGCUGCCAGCAUGAGCUCCGGGGGGAUGUGGUUGUCUGUCCCCUAACCCCCUCCCUGCAACUUGGCAUGGAUGGCGCCCCACUUCAGGUCUGCGUGGAUGGUGGGUGUCACAUCCUGGGUAGGGUGGUGCGGCCAGGCCCAGAGGGGACCCCACAGAGCAUACUCCUUGGUGUCCUGCUGGCCUUGCUCGUGCUUGUGACUGCACUGGCUGCCGCUCUGAUCUUCAACUAUUGGUGGCGAAGGAAGCAGCGAGUCCUUUCUCCUGACCUGGAUGAUCUGGCUUCCCUGGACCAGACUGCUGGAGCCAUGUCCUUGCCUAUGCUCCACUCAGGCUCUGACUGCAGAAAAGGCAUUGCACUUGCUGCCACUGAUGGUCUGGAUUCCACCACUUGGGUCCACAGAACAUCCUCAGACAGCAGGGAUGCAUCCCAUUUCCCACUGCUAUGGACAGAAUCCAUUCAGUUCAGGGACCUGGACUCUGCGCUCUUGGCUGAGGUCAAGGAUGUGCUGAUUCCCCAUGAGCGGGUGGUCACCCACAGUAACCGCAUCAUUGGCAAAGUUUGGUGCUCCGAGUUCUGGUUAUCAAUGAGAGGGUGUGAUGCAAGCCUGGGAGCCCCUCUCACCAUCUGCCUUGCACCAGGCCACUUUGGAGUUGUCUACCAUGGAGAAUACACAGACCAGGCCCAGAAUCGAAUCCAUUGUGCCAUCAAGUCACUGAGUCGCAUCACAGAGGUGCAGGAGGUGGAGGCCUUCCUGCGAGAGGGGCUGCUCAUGCGUGGCCUGCACCACCCAAACGUGCUGGCUCUCAUCGGUAUCAUGCUGCCCCCUGAAGGGCUGCCCCGUGUGCUGCUGCCCUAUAUGCGCCAUGGAGACUUGCUCCAAUUCAUCCGCUCACCUCAGCGGAAUCCCACCGUGAAGGACCUCAUCAGCUUCGGCCUGCAGGUAGCCCGCGGCAUGGAGUACCUGGCAGAACAGAAGUUUGUGCACAGGGACCUGGCUGCUCGAAACUGCAUGCUGGACGAGUCAUUCACAGUCAAGGUGGCUGAUUUUGGUCUGGCCCGUGGUGUUCUGGACAAGGAGUACUAUAGUGUUCAACAGCACCGCCAUGCUCGCCUACCUGUCAAGUGGAUGGCACUGGAGAGCCUGCAGACCUACAGAUUCACCACCAAGUCUGAUGUGUGGUCAUUUGGUGUGCUGUUGUGGGAAUUGCUGACACGGGGUGCCCCACCAUACCCUCACAUCGACCCAUUUGACAUCACCCACUUCCUGGCCCAGGGUCGGCGCCUUCCCCAGCCUGAGUAUUGCCCCAAUUCUCUGUACCAAGUGAUGCAGCGAUGCUGGGAGGUGGAACCAACAGCGCGACCCACCUUCAGAGCACUAGUGGGGGAAGUGGAGCGGGUAGUGGCCUCACUGCUUGGAGACCACUAUGUGCAGCUGCCCACAGCCUAUGUGAACCUGGGCCCCAGCGCCUCUGAUGAGGUUAACCUGGGGCCUGGCAUCUCCAAUGAGGUGAAUGUGCUCCCAGAACGGCUGCAGUCCCCACUCACACAUAGGAGCACAUGGCGGCCCCGGCCCCUUUCAGAGCCACCUCGGCCCAUUUGACCUAAGCCCUAGGCUGGCCCAUGGAGCUAGACCUACUUAGCAGCCUUGAGGUGACCCCAAGCUGCCUCUGGGCCAUGCCAGGCCUGAGGGCAGUGGGCCUCCACCUUGUCCCUGCCCUUUAAACGUCAGAGGCAAUAGGUGAACAGGGCAAAUUAGGUUCCUCACUCCACAGAGUGAGCCAGUAAGGACAAUCCUCUGCCACACAUAUUUAUGGAGUGCCUGCUGUGUACCCUACCUGCUGAGCACAGGGGGCUCAGCAGUGACCACACAGACACUGACCUUUGAACCAGUAAAAAA